UACCGAAUCUACCACCUCUAAGAAUAGGGUUAAAAAAAACAAGACAAGUUUGUACUUGAAAAGUACGGCGUAUAUCCACGGCGAAGAACGCAACCACCCGCCAAGUGAACGACCGAUGCAGAACCGAUCCGCCGAGGAUUGAGUCCGGAAUCCGGAGGAAUCCCGGCGAGAAUGUGAUGUGCGUACUGGCCUGUCUCCGCUGGUCGAUAUAAACUCGUGCCCCCGUCUAUUCUCCGCUCUCCCGCUGUCCACCGCCCGCUCAUCCUCCUCCACAGAGUCCCAACUCUCCAAAGCAGCACUCCUCCACCUGGAAAAUCGGCUAUAGUUGAACGCUUCCCGAGAAGCACUAGUGGAGACACCAGGAAACCCGCCAAUCACCUAGCAGCCGAGGCAAGAUGUCGGGAAUUUGAUGUACCAGAAACUCGGUUCACCAGGGAAGGUAUCUAACAUCUUGGCAGGAACCUGGAACGAAGUAAUAUUGACUAGAAUCCAGGAUUCCAGGAGUAUUGGCAAGGAACCCUAAAUCCUAAGGAAUCUUGGAAAGUAGCAGGAUUAAGAAAUCAAAAACCUCAGGAUCUAACAAGGGGAACCAAAAGCCGUGCCACGGAUUCUUGGUCAGUGACCUGAAACUAAGCAAUAUAGGAAAAAAAUCGAAGGACCAGUUCAUCUUCGAGAAUAAUUUAAUUUCUUUAAAAGAAAUUUAAGGACGUUUGGGAGAAAGGGAACGAUCGCAAUACUUAAGCAACCUGAAGGUAAAACCAUAAACAGAGAACCCCUGAAGACAAAUCUUCAACCCAGAAAGCUGAGAAACAAAAAAUUGUAUCUGACCACCCAAGCAGGAUCAUCAGGAUCCUAAGGAUCCCAGGGAGAUGGCCACCGCAUCUCUGGACGCACCGCAGGCAGCCAAUGUGGACUUCAGCGAGCUAACAUUCCGAGAGAAAGUCGGCCAUGGGUCCUACGGGGUUGUCUGCAAGGCGGUCUGGCGCGAUAAGCUGGUGGCCGUCAAGCAGUUCCUCCACACCGAGGAGAAGGACAUCGUGAAGGAGGUGAAGCAGCUGUCGCGCGUGAAGCACGUGAACAUCAUCGCUCUGUACGGUACAUCCAAGUACCAGCACGCCACCUACCUCAUCAUGGAAUACGCCGAAGGUGGAUCCCUGCACAACUUUCUCCACGGAAAGGUGAAACCGGCAUACUCUCUAGCCCACGCCAUAAGUUGGGCGCGUCAAUGCGCAGAGGGCCUUAGACACUUACAUGGCAUGACACCGAAACCCCUGAUCCAUCGCGAUGUUAAGCCGCUGAACCUGCUGCUGACCAACAAGGGACGCAAUCUAAAGAUCUGCGACUUCGGCACGGUGGCCGACAAGUCAACUAUGAUGACCAAUAAUCGUGGCAGUGCCGCUUGGAUGGCCCCCGAGGUCUUUGAAGGCUCCAAGUAUACGGAGAAAUGUGACAUUUUCAGCUGGGCCAUAGUGCUGUGGGAGGUGUUGUCUAGGAAGCAGCCUUUCAAGGAAAUCGACAAUGCCUACAGCAUUCAAUGGAAGAUCUUCAAGGGUGAACGUCCACCGCUGCUCACGACCUGCCCCAGGCGCAUAGAGGACCUAAUGACCGCAUGCUGGAAAACGGUGCCCGAGGAUCGCCCUUCGAUGAAUUACAUAGUGGACGUUAUGAACGAGAUCGUCAAAGACUAUACGGGAGCGGACAAGGCCAUAGAAUAUACGUUUGUUAAUCAACAGGUUGUCACCAAAGAGAGCGACGGCUCGGUGGCCGCUCAAUCGGAUACCCUCAGUUCGCAGGAGGAGGAUGAACUGAGCCCCUCGUCCACACAGUUAACACCGACAACGGCGUCCAACGCCAAUGUGAACGCGAUAGCAAUAACAGAAACAACGACUAGCUCAAUGACCGAAAAUACCUCAUCAACAUCAUCGGACAUCACGCCGACGAAUUCGGGCCAACUUGACAAUAAUCGGCUAUUCCAUGUGGUCAGCAAUCGCUGGGACGCGAUUCCCGAAGAGGAUAGCAACGAGAGCCGGAACGAUAGCUUCAACCUCACCUCGUCGGCUGAGGCCACUCAGCGCUUGGAGACGAUCCGAAACGGGAUGAUCCAGAUGGCCUGCCAGCCCAUGGAACAACUCCACCUCGACGUGGAGGCUAAUGGCUUUGAUCUGAGUCGCAACGAGAGCAGCAGCGGCAGUACGCACGCCAGAAGCGAUGGUCGCGAGCGACUCACGGUGACGGACACCAGGCCGGUGAUCAUGACCACAGAUCUGACCAACAACAACAGCGGCAGCCACGCCCACUCCAACGGUCUGGGUCGGCAGGCGGCGGAUGUGGAGCUGCAAGAGCAGGACCCAGAGUUGAUCAACUCCCUGGACGGGGAUAUGCAACCCGAAGAGGAUGAAAACGACGGCACCGAACAAUCGCUGGCCGAGAUCCUUGAUCCUGAGCUGCAGCCAGAGCCACCGAUUCCCAACGAUGCCGAGUCACAGCUCAUCUACCGGGAGCACCGGCAUAUGGCCAAGGAGUACCUCAGCAUCGACACGAACAUCUACUACGCGGAGGACUUCAAGGAGAAGCUCAUCGUCCAGAUGGAUCGCUCCGAGCGCGAACAGAAACUGCAGCUGCUGCGCAAAAUUAAGGACAAGGAGGGCCUACAGAGUCUUUAUAACAAUCUACAGCAGCAGUUCGCUUCCCGCCAACUUUCUGCCGGCCAUCAUCCGCACCCACAUCCUCAUCCGCAUCCACAUCCACAUCCGCAUCUGCAUGGCCAGCAGGAGGAGGGCGGUGGAAUGCUGCCUGGAUCGGUGACCGGAGGCUCAGAUUCCGGGGAAGAAGGCUGGGUGGUCAUCCCGCCGCAUCCCAAUGCGUAGUCUCCCCUUCCGCCGGACCGACUCUCUAUGUUUCUUAGGCUAGUGCUGUAACCUUAAAUCUGUUAACCAUAAACUGUAAUCUGUAAUCUAUAAUCCAUAAUCCGUAAUCUGUAAACUGUAAUCCAUAAUCUGUAUGUUAGCCAUAACACAGUGUUUAUUUCUACUUCGGACGCGUUUGUUCGUUUUAAGCGUUCUUUUUUUUUUUAAUUUAAAUCUAAGCGUUUUUAGUCCGUGUUUCUUUUAACUUAGCAAAACAAAACUAUUUUCGCCCAUAAGCAUUCUCCGAAACUUAAUUUAGGUUUUAAUCGUACUGUAAAGCUUAUAUACUUAGCAUACAACAUAUAUAUCUGUCCGAUGAAGCUGACAAGGAGUAGACCAAAAAAAUAUAAAAACCAUCGAAAUCAACGACAAAACUCACUAGUCUACUGAUUAAAAGUGAAUUUAAUGCCUAGAAAACUGGAGAUAAAUAUUAAAAUGACCCUGUUAAACUUAAAUAAAUCAAGAAAUCGA